AACCCAUCUGACCCAACAGAAACUCUAAAAAGGACGGCUGCUAUCCAGUUCACCUGGUCUCACAUAACAGUCACACGGAGGCAGCGCUCACUCCACAGGGGGCAGACGGCAGCUACAAAGGGUCAUCAGACAGCCCUGCACCGGGCAGCUGUUGUGGGAAACCGUGAUGCUAUCUCUGCCCUCAUCCAUGGAGGCUGUGCACUUGAUCUACAAGACAAGGAAGGAAACACUGCUUUGCAUGAGGUAUCAUGGCAUGGCUUCAGUUCAUGUGUAAAGCUACUGGUCAAAGCUGGAGCCAAUGUCCAAGUGAAGAACAAAGCAGGAAACACACCUCUGCAUCUAGCAUAUCAGAAUGGACAUUCCCAGACCGCUCGAGUUCUAUUACAAGGUGGAGCGAUGCCUGACAGCAAAAACAAUGCAGGUGACACUUGUUUACACAUUGCUGCACGCUACAAUCACUUGGCCAUGAUUAAGAUCCUCUUGGGUUCUUUCUGCUCUGUGACUGAGAAAAACCAGAUAGGAGACACUGCGCUCCAUGUCGCUGCUGCCCUAAAUCACAAGAAAACUGUCAAUCUGUUACUGGAAGCUGGAGCUGACGCAAACAUCAGAAACAACACAGGCCACACUGCUCUUGAUAAAGCCCGGGACAACAACAACCGAGAUUUGGCUAUUCUUCUAGCAAAAUCCAAUCAGUUGCAGAGGUUUGCUCGUGGAAAGACAGUGAGAAAAAGAAGAGAUGUCUUGGGGGCCCAGAGGAGAACUCAGUCCCUCCUCAGAGUUCCUUCCUCCCGACAGAAGGACUGUACUGAAGUGGCAGAAGACACAAACAACUGUGAUCAAGUACAUCACAGGAUACAACCUGAACAGAACACAGCAACUUUGAGCCCCGGCACAAGGAGAAAGAUCCGGAGCCCAAGAAUAAAGUUGGACCAUGUGUUCCGGAGAGAGUAUCAGCUACAUGAGAGAGGAUCUCCAUCCCAGAGAGUAAAACACAGCAGCACCAGCUCUCAGGAGGAAGAGGAAACUCCUGGAAAAGCCUAUCAGCUUUAUACACUUUACAGGGAUAAAGAUGGACAGAUAAAGCAGGCUCCUGCGAAUGACUGUCAUUGUAAGCCCCUCAUUAAAACGCUGGAGAAUAAGCUGAAAGCCGCAAAGAUGGAGAUGAGGUCAGAAAUUCACACUGUCCAAGAGGAGAUGAACUGCAGGCUGGGCAGAAUAGAGCAAAAAAACAAGCAUCAGAUUAAAGUUCUUGAGAAACUCAUGCAGGAGCGUGUGUCAGCUGAGACAAUGGAGUGUCAUUAUCGAAUCAAUCAGAGAGCCACUCUGGAACGCUUGGCGGAUGAGAGAAAACAGGUAGCUGCUACCAAUGCUGUGAAAAGCUGGUGCAUGUCUAAGAUUCAAGAUUUUGAAGUGCGAAUGCCUGCAGAGACACAAUACUACAAACUUCUGCGCUCUCCAUCAGUGGAUCACUCUCUGGUGGACUCAGACCCCGAGGGUCUCCCACUGCUGUCACUUAUCUCUGAGGAGAGCUCCAGCUCACUGACCACCUAUGUCAAUGUGUUACCCAGCCCAGGAGCAGAUGAUUAUCAUAACCUGUCAGCUCCUUCAGUGGUCAAACACAAACCUCUAUCACGGAAGCUGGUGGCUGCUGACCCCAAGUGGUACAGAGCAGAAGUGCAGGAGGUUGAUGUCUCAAAGUCCAGGUCAGACAAAAGGGAUGAACUGUGCGAUAGCACCGCCAGCAGCAGUCUGUCCACAUCCAGCAAGCGUUACAAUGACAGCGACACAGAACCAGCGCCCAGCCCGGCCUGGAAACACAGCAGGCACCUGAAGGACAGGAUUAAAGCACAUCACGCUCAAACCCAGCAGAACAACACCAUGAAGACCCUGGAGGUGUUUUCCCAGCGGCCCGUGGAGGCCACCUUCACCCAAGAGCGGGCAAACUUACAUGCCAUGGAGGUGACACAGCGUUUCUUUGAGACGGUCUCCACACAGCUGGAACGCUGGUAUGAGAGGAAGAUCCAGGAAGCGCAGAAGGUGGCAGAACAGAAAGCCAUGCAGGACAGAGCCAGUCUACUGGAGAAGAUCAACACACUGGAAGAAGAGCUACAGAAGCUUCGCACUAACACUAAUACAAACUCUUGACACAUACAGUACUAUCCCCAUAUACCUGGAUUCCACCUAAUAUGAAAGUCGUGGCAAUACAAAUGAGAUUGGAGCUUUGUAAACACUGAGUAAACUUACAGUAAUUUUAUUGUACUGUAGUAAAACACAGGGAUGCAAAACUAUUUUAAAAUUUAUAAGACUCCAAAUCAAAGUUUCAUUUUGACAAUGGCAGGAAUUAUUAUAUGUAGGUUGUGAUUAUGCUAAUGGUACAACAGUGCUCUAUUAGCCAACUGAGUACAGUACUUCUUUGCUCAAUGUCAAGUCAUCCAGAAAUUAAAACUGUUAUCAUUUACUCGCCAUCUUGUCUUUCAAACAGGGUUGAGAAAGAUUCAGAAUCAAAGAAGUGCCUUCCUUUCACUGAGCUGGAAUGUGAAUUGAUUUGGCCACACCCCACAGGAUUCACAAAUUCUAUUGGAAUUUGAAUUGGAAAGACAGGAAGAGGAACUUGCUGAAUAGUGAUUCAAAGAAAUUUAAAUGUUGUUCCAUCCUUGUGAAAUAUAUAAAGUGAAUACUUUGUUUUCUAUAGUACAGUGAAAGUUAAUGAAGACUUGUCUAUCAAAAUAAUAAUAAAAAUAAAUAAAUACAAAUAAUACAUUUCA